AUGCAUCUCGCCGCAAUCAACGUCGGCGACCUGUUGAUACCACUAUGGCGAGGUGCUCACCCCACAGAGGGACACGACGACUCUUCAAGCUGGGACUGGGCGGCCCUAUCAGACUCGGACUUAUGGCGCAAGCUCGGCGCUCUAGUGGCUUCAUGGGCAACAUACCUCCCCAUUUCCUUCGACAAGACUCCCCGUGACCUACAGAAAAUCCAUAGCCACUAUAGAGCAUGGGAGUGGCUUAUUCUGCUCUAUGGAUAUGGUCCCGCCUUGUUUUUUGGUGUACUCGAAGAACGCUAUUGGCAGCACUUCUGCCGUCUUGUCCGGGGAAUCCGAAUCCUCCAGCAACACUCGAUCACGGCGGACCAGCUCGCCGAAGCUGACAAACAGCUGAAACUAUUUGCUUGGGAGUUCGAGACCCUGUACGUACAAGGCCAAACGAACCGCAUCCAUUUCGUACGCCCCUGGAUCCACGCUAUCACUCAUCUCGCCGACGAAACGGAACGAAAAGGCCCUCCAAUUACGUGCUCGCAGUGGACGCUCGAACGAAUGAUCGGAGAUCUCGGGCGAGAGAUUCGUAACCACGUCAGCCCAUACGCUAAUUUAUCAAUCCGUGCUACACUGCGCUGUCAAGUCAACGCUCUGAAAGCCCUCUAUCCUGAGACCUUUGAUCCCGAGCAUCCUGAUUUACCUCGUGGCUGUGAUGAUCUCGGAGACGGCUACCUUCUUCUUCGUCGCCGAGAUCGAUAUUCCCGUGUUGUGUCGCCUGCAGAAGAGGUCGUCCUUACCGACGCUCUCCUUUCCCUUGGAUAUCGAUUCGAGGAUGCGCCCCGCGUGCAACGCUGGGCACGUCUACAACUGCCCCACGGACAAGUGGCAAGGUCGCUAUGGCAAGAGGACUCCAUGACACGCGGUGUGCGCUGUUCCCGAAAUGUUUCGUUCCAAUUACCUGGAGACGCGGCGCCUUCUUGCGGCGAGGUCCGUUAUUACUUCAAGAUGAGGCACCCAUCCGUCAAAGCCUUUGCCAUGGUCUCAGCGUACGGAUUGCCUGAUCCCGAUUUACGACGGCGUUCGUUCGACACGUUACACGCAUGCAAACACGGAAGCGACGAAGAUCUUUGCAUUAUUGAUGUUAAGAACAUUCGCUCGGUUGUAGCUAUGAUACCUCAUAGAUUCCCUGAUAGUCGUGAUCUCUUCUUUGUAGUUGAGAAGCCCGGGUUAUCUUUUACUGUAUUAACUGGAUACGAGGAGCCUUCUCAUGAAUAG